AUGACCAAGGAGAUAAACGACGAGCUUGCUGUCCAGGACAAAGCGAUCAACCUGUACAAACAAGGAGAGCAGAAGGAGCUUACCGGUCUCAUGAGAGAUGCGAUUAUCCUCUACAGGUCUGCCAUCAAGUUGUAUCCUGGUGUGGAGAAGCUCUAUAGAAAGCAGCUGAGCGAACAGUAUGCUAAGGAGAAGGAAGAGAGCACUGUGGAUCAACUUACGCGGAUGAAACUAUCAUCAGAGAGUGAUGCCGACGCGGAAGUGGAGGAUGACAACGCCACGGCGGUAGAUCCUUGCUGGUUGUUGGAGAUCUUGCCCGACGAUAUCCUCAUUGAGAUCAUCACCAUAUUGGCAUACAUUGAUCCAAGAGCGCAUGUGUCGUUCUCAACUACAUGCCAGAGAAUCUCACGCGUAUCUUUUGACCCUAUAAUAUACAAGCACCUGUGUAAACAAAUAUACCCUCAUCAGGUGUACUCACAGGUCACAAGAGAUUUGAACAACAUCUCAGACGAUCAGGAGGAGAUGGUGAAAUCCUGGGAUUUCAACUGGAAGGAGAUGUUGCACGAUAGACCGUUCGUGAAAUAUCACGGCGUUUAUAUCUCUAAGGUGAGUUAUAUAUCUGAAGGAGAAAGAGAAUACACUUUCUACGCGCCUGUGAAGUUAGUGACAUACUUCAGAUAUCUGAGGUUCUAUCCGGACGGCACUGCCUUCAAGCUGACAACCACCGAUGAGCCUGCUAUUAUCGUGCCAAUAUUCCACAAGGAGAAUCAUGAAAGCAUCAAGAACAGUCUCUUGACGAAAUGGCACAUUGAAAUGGAUGGUCAAGUGAUUAUGACCCGGAAGACUUCAGAUUUUGAAUUUGUUGAAGAGCUCAAAGUAGUUCAUCUGGGUGAUCGUAAAUACCAUAGGCUGUUAUGGGUUAACUCAGGAACGAUUGAUAAAGAUGGUGAAAGAAGCUACUUCAACAUGAAGAAGGAAAAACCGUUCAAUUUCAGCGGUGUAAAGCGAUAUGAGGUACACUACGGUAGAACUGUUGCUUAA